AUGUCUUCCUCUAGCGGCGCAGGGCGGGCGCUGAGGACCGCGGGGGCGUUUGGCUCGGAGCGGCGCGAAGCAGGGAGCGGAGGGAACAGGUCGGUUGCCCGCCGCUGCGCCUGCGUGGCUGAGAGGGGAAGUGAGGCGGUUUCCUCGGCGCCUUUUCCGGCUGUGGCUGGGGCUGAGCUGGGAGGAGGAAGAGGAGGAGGCGGCGGCGGCAGCGGCAGCAGCAGCAGCGUCGGCCGGGGGACCCUGCAUACAGGGCGGUGGCCGGAGGAAGCUCACCGAGUCCCUCCGGGGAUCAAUGACCUGACGAGGAGCCGGAGCCGCCGCUGUCGCUCGGGUGGCGAGGGUCGGUGGUUCGGCGGGCGGGCGGGCCGGGGUCUCCAGCGGCGGCGGGGCCCGGAGAGACGGCAGGCAGUCGGAAGAGCGGGCCGAGCGGGAGCGGCGGCGGCGGCGGCGCUCGGUGCCUGGGGGGGAAGGGCAGUUCCGGGCUGGGCCUCACCAGGGCGGCGGCUCCCCGCGGCGCAGCUUCUGGCCGGCGGUGGCCACUGGAGGAAGCCCGGCUUGGGGCCGGUGAUGUUUGACUGA